AUGUCCCUUCCCCCUGCUCCGGUGAUACCCCCUGGUGACGUCCCCCCUGGUGAUGUCCUCUCCCCUGCUCAGGGCCCCCUGGUGACGUCCCCCUCCCUGGUGAUGUCCCUCUCCCCUGCUCCGGGCUCCAGGACCCCUCAGGGACCCCCAGACCUCCAGGACCCCUCAGGACCCCAGACCCCAGGACCCCAGGACCCCAAGACACCAAGACUUCCAGGACCCUCAGGACUCCCAGAGACCCUCAGGACCCCCAGGACCCUCCCAGGACUCCAGGAUCUGGACCCCAGGAAAAAGCUAGAGACCAUCCCAAGAGCGAGCGUCAUCCAGGCCCUGAUUGGUCAGAGAGCGAGCGUCAUCCAGGCCCCUGAUUGGUCAGAGAGCGAGCGUCAUCCAGGCCCUGAUUGGUCAGAGAGCGAGCGUCAUCCAGGCCCUGAUUGGUCAGAGAGCGAGCGUCAUCCAGGCCCUGAUUGGUCAGAGAGCGAGCGUCAUCCAGGCCCUGAUUGUGUCCGUAAUACCCGUGUAAGUGUCCGUAAUACCCGUGUAAAUGUCCGUAAUACCCGUGUAAGUGUCCGUAAUACCCGUGUAAGUGUCCGUAAUACCCGUGUAAGUGUCCGUAAUACCCGUGUAAGUGUCCGUAAUACCCGUGUAAGUGUCCGUAAUACCCGUGUGGGCAACAUGGCGUCGACGAUGCCCCAAGACUCUACCACCGCGUAA